AUGCCCUCUUGGGCCCUCUUUGUGGUCACCUCCUGCUUUCUCCUGGCCCCCCCAAACCUGGCACAAGUCACCAGCCAAGAUGUCUCCUUGCUGGCUUCGGACUCAAAGCCCCUGAACUGUUUCUCCCAAACAUUCGAGGACCUCACUUGCUUCUGGGAUGAGGAGGAGGCAGCACCCAGUGGGACAUAUCAGCUGCUGUACGCUUACUCGGGAGAGAAGCCCCGUGCCUGCCCCCUGAGUUCUCAGAGCGUGGCCCCCUCUGGAACCCGAUACAUGUGCCAGUUUCCAGCCCACGAUGAAGUCCGCCUCUUCUCUAAGCUGCACCUCUGGGUAAAGGAUGUGUUCCUGAACCGGACUCUGACUGAGUGGGUGCUGUCUGUGGAUACUGUGGGCCUGCCUGCUCCCCCCAGUGUCAUCAAGGCCACGGGUGGGAGCCAGCCAGGACAACUUCACCUACAGUGGGAGGCACCAGCUCCUGAAAUCAGUGACUUCCUGAGACACGAACUCCGCUAUGGCCCUGUGGACUCUGGGAACACCACAGACCCCAGAGUCAUGCAGCUGCUCCGUACAGAGACCUGCUGCCCCACUCUGUGGAGGCUGAACCCAGCUUCUGCUCUGGACCAGCCUCCAUGUGUUCUACCCACAGCACCCCAACAAGAUGGCCCAAGGCAGACUUCCCCAACUAGAGAAGCUCCUUCUCCGCCUGUGAUGGGCGGAAGCUGCCUUAUUUCCGGACUCCUGCCUGGCCAUUCUUACUGGCUCCAGCUGCGCAGCCAACCAGAUGGAAUCUCCUUUAGUGGUUCCUGGGGACCCUGGUCCCUCCCCGUGACUGUGGACCUGCCUAGGGAUGCAGUGGCAAUUGGGCUGCAGUGUUUUACCUUGGACCUGAUAAACGUUACCUGUCAGUGGCAGCAGCAGAACCACACCCGAUCCCAAGGCUUCUUCUACCACCACAAGGCCAAGUGCUGCCCCAGAGACAGGUACCCCAUCUGGGAGAAGUGUGAAGAGGAGAAGAAAACCAAUCCAGAACUACAGCUCUCUCAGCUCUCCCGCUGCCGCUUCAAGUCACGAAAUGACAGUGCUAUUCACACCCUUGUAGAGGUGACCACAGCCCAGGGUGUUGUUCACAGCUACCUGGGCUCCCCUUUCUGGAUGCACCAGGCUGUGCUCAUCCCCACCCCACACCUGCGUUGGAGGGAGGUCUCCAGCGGGCAGUUGGCAUUGGAGUGGCAGCACCCAUCAUCUUGGGCAGCCCCAGAAACCUGCUAUCAACUCCGGUACACUGGAGAAGGCCAUCAGGACUGGAAGGUGCUGGAACCCCCACUCGGAGCCCGGGGAGGGAGCCUGGAGCUGCGCCCGCGAUCCCGCUACCGCUUACAGCUGCGCGCCAGGCUCAACGGCCCCACCUACCAAGGCCCCUGGAGCGCCUGGUCCGAGCCUGCGAGGGUGGAGACAGCCUCGGAGCCCGCCUGGAUCUCCUUGGUGACCAUUCUGCUCCUGGUGCUGGGUCUCAGUGCCCUUCUUGGCCUGCUGCUGCUGAGGUGGCAGUUUCCUGCGCACUACAGGUACCGCCCUAGCCAGAGGGAGACAGGGCGGAGCAGGAGGCUGAGGCAUGCCGUGUGGCCCUCUCUUCCAGACCUGCACCGGGUCCUCGACCAGUACCUUAGAGAUACUGCAGCCCUGAGUAUGCCCAAGGCCACAGCCACAGAUACCUAUGAAGAAGCAGAGCCCAGCCUCCUGGAGAUUCUACCUAAACCCUCGGAGAGGACACCCUUGCCCCUGUGUCCUUCCCAGGCCUGGACAGACUACCGAGGACUGCAGCCUUCCUGCCAUGGGGCCUCAACCUUGUCUAUGUGUCCACCUGGGGCUGAGUCGGGGUACUGCCGUACUACACACAUUGCCAACCAUUCAUAUCUACCAUUAAGUUGUUGGCAGCAGCCCUGAAAACAAGUCUCUCCUAGGACCUGACACACCUAGACUUCUUGAUAUACUGCCCUUAACCUAUCCUAACACUGGCACCCCAGACUUCACUUCCAGUCCUCAGCUUCCAGCCUGGUUGGGCUCUCAGAACUGAUUUUUCAUACUGCUGUUGAAAAAAAAAUCCGGGACCUUUUCUCCAGACAGGCUCCUUUCACUAAUUCCUCUGACUCACCCUCUUUCUCCUCUUGAAUGCCAACCUCUGUGAAAAGAAGUCCCCAUUUUCCUACUGAUUCUUCGGAGACUUCAUUUAGUUCCACUGUUCCCACUUUGCUAAUAAAACUGCCAUGGCAAAGUUCCUUUUAAAUCUUCUCAUUGCAAGUUUCAGUAGGAUCUUGUCAAUCAUCAGUUUACUUGAUCUCUCUGUGGCUUUUGCAGAUGGUUCCUCAUCUCUACUUUAUAUUCUCUUCCACUUUGGCUUCCAUACUGUCAAUUUCUGUCCUAGUUCUAUACCUGUCUGAGUAUACUAAAAGUUAAAAGAAUAAAUGAGUCAGUGCUGGCUUCAAUUCCUGUCCUUCAUACUUGCUAACUGUGCCACCUCAGACAAAUAGCUAAAUGUCUUUGUUUGCUGUAGUUUCUCAUGUAUAAAAGAAGCAAUCACAAUCCUCCAGAGUUGUGAAAAAUAUUGAGAUAACCCAAAGAACCCUAAGAAAUAGUAAAUACUUAAUAUAUCUGAACUACUAUUGUAGUUAUUCCUUCUUAAUCUCAUAUUCUGGCAUUUUUUUCCUAUCCUUAAUUAGUGCAGUCUCUCAAGCUUCCAUUUGUUUGUUUGUUUUGUUUACCAUGCUGGUGUUUAAACCUAGGAUUUUGGAUAGGCAAGGCCUAUGCUUGACUGCUUAGCUACAUCCUUAGGUCUAAGACUUCAUUCUUUCUUUUUUUAAAAUAGGAUCUCACUAUGUAGCUCAGACUGGGCUUGAAGUCUCUAUG